AUGGUGUCAUCUUCAAGAAGCAGGCCGGACACUCACUAUGGAGGUGCCAUCCCCCUGGCCUCCGAGAUCGAUGUCGUCGAAGACAUUGCUGGAGAACUAGAGGACUUCACCCUGCUGUCAAGGCUGGGUCUCUAUGACGAGGCCAGUGGCUUCCUUGAGGAAAAUCUCAAGCUGCACAUAGACAAUUUCUCAGUUUUUAUUGAGUAUGCAGACAUGCUUCGCGCGGCAGGCAGGUUCGAUGAACUGCUAUCGCACCUCUGCCACCCAAUGCAUACUACCGAACUAUAUCUCGAAAUCAUUAUUACCGCCUCAAAGCAUGGCCCUUUCGCACACGAUAACAUAGACUUCAAAAUACCCGAAAGCCAAUACCAGCCACCGGGACCGAAAGUUGACAAGACUUCCUCAGCUCGAUGGGAAGGAUUCAUCGAGCGGUGUUGGGAACUGAACAAAAAGGAAAGAUACUGGGAGGCACAAAGAAUAUUGACUCUCCUCCUUCCUGAAUUGGACUCAGAACGAGUUGAUCAAUUCUUCCAGGAAUAUUUGGAAGAUUUAGAGACAAAGCCACUUACCUCGUCAACGGCGUUGGCCAGGCUAGCCGCUUGUAACGUCUUUCUGAAACAAGUUUCUCUUCACCGGUGCAAAUGGAUGGGAAAUAGAAAGCUCUCAUCCACCUUACAUAAGGCUGUCAAUAUUGGCCCUUGUCUCUCUUAUCUGUUUUGGGAUUUGAAAGUCGUCAAGGGCUGUCAAUUUGAGGAAUGGCAGAAUGCAAUCUUAAAGCUGGUCCCUGAAAAACACGACGAACAGGAUUCCGCCAUCCGCUUGUUGGGAUUGCGAUUGACGAGGAGACGACAUAUCCCCGACACCUCCGGUAUCUCCUUGUUGCUAGAGGCGGCGACAAGAUACGGGAAACCACCUUUAAUAUGGACACCUGCAGAACUCCAAAGCACCCACAUGAAAACGAUAUUUCUCAAAGCAGCGGAAGAAGGACAUGAGGCAGCUAUGAAAUACUUCCUUGAUUACCAAAAGGCUGACCUGAAUGUUCAAAACAAAGGCGGGCGAACAGCUCUCAUAUUGGCUGCAAUUAAAGGACAUGAAGCAAUAAUCAGGUCUAUUCUCAACACGAACGGAGCCAAUCCAGACUUAGCAGACCAUGAAGGGCGGACGCCUUUGUCAUGGGCUGCUUCCAAGGGCCAACUGACAAUUGCUCAAAGGUUGCUAGGCAUUCCUAGUGUUGACCCAGACUCAACUGAUAAAAGUGGCCGGACGCCUUUAUCAUGGGCUGCUUCUGAAGGACAACUGGAAACUGCUCAAAUACUGUUAGGCAUUUCUAGUGUUGACCCAGACUCAACUGAUAAAAGUGGCCGGACGCCUUUAUCAUGGGCUGCUUCCAAGGGCCAACUGACAAUUGCUCAAAGGUUGCUAGGCAUUCCUGGAGUUGACCCAGACUCAAUAGACCGCGAUGGCCGGACGCCACUCUCAUGGGCAGCAUCAAAAGGACAUACAUCGGUAGUUCGAAUGUUUCUCGCUGAUACAAGGGUCAAUGUCAACUUUCCAGACGUGCAUCAUUUAACACCGGUUUUCUGGGCAAUAAAAAGUGGGAAAGAGGAUCCAGCCAGCCUCCUACUUCACUACGUUCCGAGCCCUGACCAAGAAGACUCAGACUCACGAACGUUGUUAUCUCACGCAGCGGCGAGCGGACUAGAGUCCAUUGUUAGACCACUACUUAAUCGUGUGAAGAAUCCCGACGCCGAAGACAAAUUUCUGAGGACCCCACUGUCCUAUGCAGCCGAGAAAGGACACCUUCAUAUCGCUCAGCUACUACUCGAUAAGGCCGAUCUUAAUAGAAUGGACAGAUACGGUCUCACGCCACUCACAUAUGCCUCCUUUCAUGGCCAUGAAGCCAUUGUUAAAGUUCUGCUUGAUAAUGCUGAUCCAAAUCUGAAGGAUCUUGAAGGUCUGACAGCCCUCAUGUAUGCCUCUCACCAUGGGUACAAUACUGUGGUUGAAUUAUUACUCGAGAAGGUCGACCCAGAUCUAAAGGAUAAUCGAGGCUGGACAGCCCUCAUGCACGCCUGUGACAAAGGGCACGAGACCGUGGUCAAAUUACUGCUUGAAACCCGCAGAGUUAACCCUGAUUGGAUAGCCUCUUACAACUGGACAGCCCGAAGACGUGCACAACUCCAUGGAUAUGAGUCAAUUGUUAGCUUGUUAGAUCAAUUUCCGAGACUCCAUUGA